AUGGCGGCCGAAAACACACCUGAACUUUUGGAUCUCACGAUCGACAACAUCACGCCGAACACGGUCCGUAUCAACUCGCAAAGCAGCGAUGCGCGCCUCAAGUAUCUCAUGGAGCGGUUGGUCACACACCUCCACGACUUCGCGAGGGAGACGCGGCUGAGCACCGAUGAGUGGAUGGCGGCCCUUAAUUUCCUUGUCGGGUGUGGGAAGAUUAGCAGCGAUGUGCGGCAUGAGUUCAUCCUUCUCUCCGACAUUCUGGGCCUCUCGUUGUUGGUCGACAGCAUCAACCACCCCAAGCCGUCCGACUCGACUGAGGGCUCGGUUCUGGGUCCCUUCCACACACAUGAUGCACCGACGCUGCAGAACGGUGCAAACAUGUCUGGAGACCCCGAGGGCGAGCCGCUGCUGGUGAUUUGCACCGUCAAGGAUCGACAGGGUAACCCCGUUGCCGGUGUCAAGAUUGAUAUCUGGGAGACGGACAGCAGUGGACACUACGACGUGCAGCACGAGGAGAGAACAGAGGCAAGCGAGCGUUGCGUCAUGAUUUCGGACAAAGACGGCCGCUUCUUCUUCCAAGGGAUCAAGCCUGUGAGUUAUCCGAUCCCACACGACGGGCCAGUCGGUAAACUAUUGCAACUGCUGGGUCGUCAUUGCUGGCGGCCGGCACAUCUGCACUUCAUGUUCCAGAAGGAGGGUUGGGAUCACUUGAUCACCGCACUCUACAUUCGAGGAGACCCAUAUGAAAAAUCAGAUGCCGUAUUUGGCGUCAAGAAGAGCCUCGUGGUGGACCUCGACAAGGUGGACAAAGUGACGGCAGAGGAGUACAAGGUCAAGGAGGGCAGCUGGUUGCUGAAGCAGGACUUUGUGUUGGUCUCGAAGAAGGAGACGGAGGAGCUGCGGGACCGGAACGCCGUCGAGGCACUGAAAAAGCUGGGUUUGACGCAUUUGAAGCUCGUGGACCACUUGCCUGUGCCUGAGCUGGAUUGA